CUCUGGUUAAGAGGGGAACCUAACUAACCUCUCUUUAUGCGUUUCAUUCAUCAGUGAAAAUCCAGUUUCUAUUUCCAUUUUCCAUCUCUUCUUCUUCUUCACCCUUUAUUAGUUUUUCUUUCUAUUUUUUUCUUUAAAUUUAUCUUUUUUUAUCUUUGUGGUUUUAUUUUUGCUUCUUGCAGGUCUUCUAAGGUUUAUAUAUAUAUAUAUAUAUAUAGAGAGAGAGAGAGAGAGAGAGAGAGCGAAAUGGGAAAAUCUUUUUCUGGUAAAAGGAAGCGCUCCAAAUAUUCCUCUCAGGGUCGAACAAAGAAGAGAAGUAAGACUAAGAGAAGUAGAUCAAAGAAGCUUCGGCGUCAGGACGGUUCAGUUUCUUAUUCUAGAGAUGAUUCAAGAAGUCCAUUAUCCAUUUCCUCCAGUUCUGAGGAUACUUACCUAGGUAGAAGGUCUCAAUCUAGGUCUUUCACUCGCAAGGAUGUGAAGGGGACUAAAAGGAGGGCUCGCUCUUACUCUUGUUCUUCUGGCAGUGAGGAGUCUUGUUGCUUGAGAAAGCAGAAAGGGUCAAGGAGAAAUGAUGAUUCUAAGGCAAGGAAGAAAAAAACUAGGAACAAGAAAAAGAAGAAAUCUAGGAGAAAUGCAAGUAAUAGUUCUAGGAGCAGUGGGUCUUGGAGUUGUUCAACUUGUCGGAGUUCAAGUAGUAGUAGUGAUGAGAGUGAAUAUGAGAACCAUAGGGGCAGGUCUGAAAGAAGAGACAACGACACAAGAAAAUUGAAGAAAGUUAAGAGUGGAACUAAAAGGAGUAGAUAUAGAUCAAGGAGUUGUUCUUCUUGUAGUAGACAUAAUGAAAAUAGUGAUUACCGGAGUGAGGAGAAAGUGACUGGUGGGAACAUUUCAAAGCGGCUGAGAUCAAUUAUUACCCUUACAAAGGAGGAUGAGGAGAGAAAAGAUUUGGAUUGGGAUGAGCACAAAGAGGAGAUAAUAUAUGAUCAUGAUGAUUACCCAUCUAGCAAAAGCAAUGAUAGUAAUGAUGGGGGAAAUAAGAUGGUGUCAGCUCAUCAAUCACAUGUUGCAUUUGAUAAGAUAAGGCCCAUAGAGACUGAGGAAAGAGAAGAUACUUCUGUUUUAAACAUUAAGACCACGAAGCUUAUAGACAGUCAUGAAGAGGGAGAUGGCCACUAUGUGGGUAGUAAACCUGCUUGGGAGGGGGUUAGGACAAAUGAUGCUAUAGAGGAAAAGAAUAAUGACAUGUCUAAGGCUUCUGGUAAUGUGAAUGGUGAUGAUCUGGAGUCAAUUUUAAGACAAAAGGCUUUGGAGAAUCUAAGAAGGUUCCGUGGAGGGUUCCUGGCAAAUGCAAUGAGUGCUGCUAAUCAGAAAGAUACAAGUGAUGGUACUUUGAAGUCACCAUCCAGUACAAAGGCUGAACUAAGUGAAAUUGAGUCUCCCAAGGAUGAUGGUGCUCGAGAUAAGAGAAAUACUGCCAACUCUAUGCAAAAAGAUGAGAAGAUUGUUGAUGGAAAGAAUGGUCACAAUGAAUUUGUUCCAGCUAAGAACAAUGCUCAUCUACCCAACCAGGAGGGUGUUGCUGGCAAUGAAAAGGUUCGUAUGAGUUUUGGCUCUGGUUUUAACAAACCAAGGUUGGUUAGAUCAGCAUUGAAGCGAGCAUUAUCAAAUGCUACCACUGCUGCAGUGGAAAUGCCUGCUUCACAGGUAUCUAACAAGGCAAAACUGGUGAAUUUGAGUAGAGUUGGUAAGCACGCAAGUGGCAAUGAUAAGAGUGACAAAGUUAACAAUGCCUCCAGUGUUGCUUCUGCCAAGUCUUCAUCUUGCCUUGUGCCUAUAGGAGAAGAUGUUGGCUUGAAUAAAUUGCAAGAUGAAGGUAAGGAGGUUGCACAGUUGGAAAACAAGGCAGAAUCUUCUGUGACACCAUUGAACAGCAGUGGCCAUGGUGGCACAGUUAAUAAUGCCUCAAGUUCUACUUCUGCUGAGCCUUCUUCUCACCUCACAUCUGCAGCAACAGACAAAAGCUCAGAUAAAGUGCAAGAUGAUUAUAAGGAUGGUUCACAAUUGGAGCGGAAGACAAUGUCUGUGAUGCGGGGUGGGGAAAUGGUACAGGUAAGCUACAAGGUCUACAUCCCUAAAAGGGCUCCAGCUUUGACUAGGAGGCAACUCAAGCGAUGAUGUUUCUGGUGCAAUACACCAUUUGUAGAAUGCUUGGCAUAUUCUGACAAUCAUCAAAUGAAUGAUGCAUCUUCUAUCAGAACAAAAGGAUGUGAACUUAUAUAGGAAUAAUUUUUUAUUGUCCUUUUAUUCAGCACCUGCACUAGUAGAAGAUAAAAUGGCAUUUUAUCUUUCUUCUGUCAAAUGAAUAUUUAACCUUAUAAAAUGUUGUAGAAUGUUAUAUUCUGUACAAGAGACUACAACAUUACUACAAUUAAGUGAAGUAGAUUAUCAUGUUUUUGUUAUAA